CAAAAGAAUAGGAAGACACGCUGCGUCAAGUUGGACCAUGCAUGCAAAAAGACGCUCGGCCGCUGCUUGAAAUUCAAUGCCCGCGAUAAGAAAAAAUAAAAUCGGAUUGGCAGUUCACCAGGAAGUCCCGUGUAUUUGAAAGCUAUACCACCAUGAGCGAGUCGGACGAUCUUGAUGAGCAGAAUCUUCAGUUCGAAACCAAUGAGAAGGUGCUCUGCUUCCAUGGACCCCUAAUCUAUGAAGCCAAGAUUCUUAAUCGACAGUGGAUGGACGAGACACCCGAGUUGCAAGGACCGCAUUAUUAUGUUCAUUACAAAGGCUGGAAACGUACAUGGGAUGAAUGGGUCCCCGAAAGUCGAGUGCUUCGCUGGAACGACAGCAAUCUCAAAAUACAACAACAGCUGAAAGAUCUCUAUACCAACAAAAAAUCUAAUCGCAGUUCAUCUUGUUCCGAUUCAUCCACGAGCAACGAUCUCGCGUCAAAUAACAAAAAGCGGCAACGCCAAUUAGCCGAUCUCGACGAAAAGGAAGAGGCUUUCCUGAACAAUCCCGAAAUCCGGAUAGAUAUACCCGAUACUUUGAAAGGUCAAUUGGUAGAUGACUGGGAGAAUAUCACCAAAGAUCAACAGCUUGUUCCAUUACCGAGAACUUUGACCGUUUCGCAAAUCUUGGAACAGUAUAAACAAUUCAAAAAAGAGAAAAAAGGCAACCGAGACUUAAACGAAGAGUUCCUUGACGAAAUCCUGCAUGGUAUUCGUACCUAUUUCAACAAAGCCCUCGGCACCAUGUUAUUAUAUAGGUUUGAACGCCAUCAAUAUGCAAAUAUACGAAAACAAUAUCCCGAGAAGGAAAUGGCAGAUCUAUAUGGCGCAGAGCACCUUUUACGUUUAUUUGUGCAAUUACCUACCUUGAUCGCACAUACAGAUAUGGAUACCGAUGCCGUAUUUGUACUGACAAGAUAUCUAACGGAUCUUUUGCGUUAUAUGCAAAAAGCCCAACGAUCUCUCUUUCUAAGCGAAUAUGAAAAUGCGCCACCCGGUUACGCAUCCGUCACCAAUAGCGACUAACGAUAAUGGCACAGAUUAUUGAACUCACCAUACUGUUACUGACUACCUUUGACCGCAAAGAAAUCAGAUUAUGGCUUUACAACGGGCCUACGUUGCCGAAUCACAUCACAUUUAUCGAGCUGCAUAAUACAUCAUAUUAACCUGCAUGAAGAUCCACGUUCUUUGCGUGACAGAGGAUUUGUCAUUCACAAAGAAAAAGUUAUACAUCUCGACUAGUUUUUACUGUCCCUGAAGUGCGACGGAUGGAUUAAAAUGAGUGGACCCUAUUAUUGUAAAUCGAGUCAUUGAAGUCUUUCACGUAAUGUGCACAUCCUUUUCUCUUUGAUGGAUAGAUUAUCAUGUAAUGAUUGGCAAUGCAGAUCCGAUUUGACAGAG